AUGUCUGACGUUAUCAAAGAAAUGAUAGAUGAGGUUUGGGUGACCCGGCGCGGGACCAAGCUGGAGCCAGGAGGGAGGCAAAACCCUGACAACUUUCACCACUACCGCAAAUGGGGCUUUACCAUCUACCGUACCUACUAUGGUGAAGAGUCUGAUAAGGAUUGGCAAGCGCUUCUAUCCUCCUUGCGGCAUCAGACUAAGCUCGCAUUUGGAGCAUUUGAGGACGACGGGGAAACAAACCAAGAGGACCUGCGACGAGUUCAGGAAUUGUUUUAUCUUGAUGUCCGGGAGGAUCCUCCCGGUCUGGAUGGUCUCAAUGCUCGAGGUCUUCGGGAAUUCUGUAACGCUGAAAAGCUCAAAGAGACUGAGGUUGUGGAGAAAGCAGCCUCCAAGUACCGCGUGAGCACACGGCCCCACGAGGGUCGAGCUAUGGCAGAUUAUUUGUUCAGUUAUGUUUUGCUCGCUGAUGAAGCCGUUUUAUAA